AUGACAGAAUCUAAUCCUACACAGAGUACAACAGAUUACAUCCAGUCUGCUGUCAAGAUGAUCACAGAAAGCAAGACUACAAACAACAUGACAGAAUCUAAUCCAACACAGAGUACAACAGAUUACAGCCAGUCUGCUGCCAUGACAACCACAGAAAGCAAGACUACAAACAACAUGACAGAAUCUAAUCCAACACAGAGUACAACAGAUUACAGCCAGUCUGCUGCCAUGACAACCACAGAAAGCAAGACUACAAACAACACGAAAGAAUCCAAUCCUACACAGAGUACAACAAAUUACCACCAGUCUGCUGUCAUGACAACCACAGUAAGACCCUCUACAUACAAAACAACAGAAUCUGAAACUACACAGAUAACCACCAGUGUUUCCUCAGUGGUGACCACCAGAAAAGGUCCAGUGACCUGUAAUGAAAAUGAUAUUUCUGGAGGUAACCAAAGCGACUGCGUCCCUCCAGCUGUGAUGGAGCUGGUUGGUGAAUCUGAGAAACUGAAUAAUGAGACGCUUCCGGGAUUCUUGGAGAGACUCAUGGUUGUAUCCGGUAACAACACCAAGAACAUUUCCAAAUCUCCAGAUACAAUCAGUUCUAUUGUGAAAGCCCUCAGCAACAUGGCAAACAGAUCUAUAUUGUUAUCCAUGCCAAUAAAUAAACAAUCAACAGAGAACAUCCUGAAGAUCGCAGGUCUUCUCACCUCUGAUGAAACAAAGGCAACAUGGGAUACCCUAAACACAAACGAUAAAACAACGAGCUCAGGCACAGAGAAUGCUGGGGGGAAAAACAGCUCCAGCGCUUCCCUGCUGAACUUAUUUGAAUCAGUUGCCGCCCUCGUUGUCAAUGAAUCCUUCUCUGUUGAGACACCUUUUAUUCAUCUGAAUAGAACUCAGUUAAAAACCAAAUUAACCUUCAACAAUGUCUUUAACACCUCGAUGGAAAUAGAUAUACCAGAGGCCAGAGAAAGUCAAUACAUUACCACAAUCGUAUUCGCCUCCAUGGAUAACGUGCUCCCUCCAAGAGAUGAAGACAACUCAUCAUCCAUGGUUAUCAACGGAAAGGUUGUUCUCGCUAAGACAGCAGCCAAUAUCAGAAAUAUAUCAAUAACAUCAGAAAUUCUGAAUGACACCCUGGAAAACCCAAAGUGUGUUUUCUGGAAUUUCACACUCUUUGACGGUCUUGGAGGAUGGAGCGACUGGGGCUGCUCUCUGCUGUCCCACAACAAUGAAACCAUCAGCUGCAGCUGUAACCACACCACCUCCUUCUCCAUGCUGAUGUCCCCUGAGAUUAUUGAGGAUGAAAACAUCAAUGACAUAACAAUAAUUGGAGUUGGCAUAUCUAUGGCUUCUUUGGUCAUAUGUCUUAUCACUGAAGCUCUCACUUGGAAAAAAAUAAGUACCAACACCACCGCCUUCCUGCGUCACGUUUCCAUCAUCAACAUCGCCGUUUCUCUCCUGAUCGCAAACAUUUGGUUCAUCAUCGGAGCGUACAUUACAGACGACAGUAAGAAGAAAAACCCUGCGCUGUGUGCAGCCGUGACCUUCUUCAUCCACCUCUUCUACCUCGCCAUGUUCUUCUGGAUGUUGGCCUCAGCCCUGCUGCUGCUCUACCGCACCGUCUUCGUCUUCGAGGGCGGAUUGUCCAAGACAUCCAUGCUGGUUAUUGGAUUUGUUCUGGGGUACGCUGCGCCGCUGGUCAUCGCCGUAACAACCAUGGCAGUGACUGUCCCGUCACAUAAAUACAUCAGAGAAAACCAUGGCUGUUGGCUGAACUGGGAGGACUCCAAAGCUCUGUUGGCUUUUCUGGCUCCUGCACUUAUGAUCGUGGCAAUAAACUUCCUCAUCCUGCUAGUAGUGAUUUAUAAAAUGGUGAGCAGAAGAGGAGUAAGGAAUACAGGCCAAGGCAAAGAGCAGCAUGUUUUGGUGGUGAUUGCCAGGAGUCUGGCUGUGCUCACACCGUUUUUCGGACUGACUUGGAGUUUGGGAAUCGGAACCAUAAUUGCCCCCAAAAACAAGGAGGUUAAUUUUGCUUUUGUAUUCUUCAAUUCACUGCAGGGUUGCUUCAUUUGGGUGUUUGGAACACUCCUGGACAAAAAGGUACGAUCAGAAACUAUAAAAUAUCUGAGCUCUCAGGAUAAGUUGGUGACUGGUUGAUGACGUCACACUGUUUCAAGAGUCUGCAUGUGCCGGAGGAGUUCCUCUGUGAUUGUUUUAACCAUUUUCAUCGCCCCUCAUUUUUUGACAUUUCAUUUGGUUUAUUGGAUUCCAAGAUUGUAAGUUGACAGGACUUCAGCCAAUUGGUCAAUUUAUACCCUUUCGGCCAGUUGGUUCUUGUCAGAUCUGGGAAAAUCUGACUUUUUCUUUUCUUGUUCUCCACUGAACUACGUUGGGAGCCAUACGUGUGUUUCAACACGUUGAGGUCCGGUAGACUCGGUUUGACUGGGGACCAAAAUUGCCACAUUUAUUAUAUUUUCAGCUGCUGGGUUU